GUGUUCUUAAAUAUACUAAUUUUGGUGGGUUUCCCGUUUUGAAGUCACCUUGGAUUUUAACUGAAUUGUUAUGUACUAGAGUUUUUAUUUAUUUAUUUAAGUACUGGCAAUGAUCUUGUAAGGUACAAGGUCUUUAAUUAAUGGUUUCUCAAGUGGUUGCAAUUCUUCUAUAGUUUCUUCUAUUUUCAGUCCCAGAUCUCGGUUUUACCCACCCACUAUUGCAGCUUGUGUAAAGUUCUUAAAUUUGUAUUGAUUAUUGGCUUGUCAAUUUCUUGCUUGGACCGGGUCGUUUUCAUUUUUAUAUAUAUAUUUUUUAUUUUUGUAUUUUUGCUUCUCCCCUUUCUCUCUUUGUUUGAUUCCAAAAUUUGUUAAGAUGAAGUUGUUCUAGAUUUAUAUUUGGCUAGUGCUCCUGGGAUUGACUAAUUUUGUAUUCUGCUACGGUUUGGGCACUUAAUUGUUGUUCUUAGUUGAAAAUUUACUUAGAUUCAUCCAAAUGUACUGAAUUUUGUUAUUUCUUUUGGCACAAAUUCAUAAACAGUUGUUAGAUCUGGCUGGAAUGUGCUGUUUACUGUUCUCAAAAGACAUCUCAGUCUCACAUACCAUGUUUGAAAUUUCAUUAUCAACCUUCUCGGGCAUAUUGCAUCGGUUGUCUUCAUACACAGGAGUUUGUUCAUUUUCUUUCUUUGAUUCUUAUCGUUUGCUGUUCUGGUAUAAUCUCUAAAUUGGUCUUACUUACGCUGUGUAAGUUUCGUAUAUAGUAGGCCUUGCUUUCCAUUUUUUGCUAUGCUGUUAAAUGAUUACAUUAACUUGGGUUGAUUUUGUGUUUUUUUUGGUAAUCAACUUAAAAUGAUUCGUUUUAUUUAAGCUUUUAAUUGAGAUUGAUAAGUUGGUUGCAGGUGUUCUCAGGUAGAUUGUCACCAUGAUAAAGCAAAUUCUUAGUAAAUUGCCUAAGAAGGUUCCAAAAUCUGACUCAUCAGAUUCUUCAAGGAGUGAUUCUGGCAAUUCUACUAGUUUUGGGAAUGUCUUUCAGUGUACAAAUGUUGGAAGUACUAUUUCAAGCAAAUUAAAUGUUGUGAAAAGGGUAUCUUCAGUUGUUUUCCCUGCAAGCAUGAGUGCUGGAGUGGAAGCCGUUGACCCCUGUCUGUCCUUCAAAGAUGUUUCCAAUACACAGAAACAAAGCCUGUUUAUUAGUAAGUUGAAUCUUUGCUGCAAAGUUUAUGAUAUGAGUGAUCCUGAUAAGAACAGUACAGAGCAAGAUUUAAAACGACAAACGUUGGUGGAGCUUGUUGAUUUUGUUUCUUCUGGAUCUGUUAAGUUCACAGAACCAGCAAUUGCUGCAUUGUGUAAAAUGUGUGCAACUAAUUUGUUCAGGGUUUUCCCACCCAAGUUUCGUACGAGUACAACUGGUGGAGAAACUGAAGAUGAAGAACCAAUGUUUGAUCCUGCCUGGUCUCAUCUACAAGUUGUUUAUGAUCUACUCCUUCAAUUCAUCAAUUAUAACUCUCUUGAUGUGAAGUUGGCAAAAGCGCAUAUAGAUCAUGCUUUUAUUUUAAGAUUACUUGACCUAUUUGAUUCUGAGGACCCUAGAGAAAGAGAUUGCUUGAAAACAAUUCUGCAUAGAAUCUAUGGAAAAUUCAUGGUUCACAGGCCUUUCAUACGGAAAUCUGUUAGCAACAUUAUCUACCGGUUUGUUUUUGAGACCGAGCGGCAUAAUGGGAUUGCUGAGCUGUUGGAGAUUUUUGGGAGUGUUAUUAGUGGGUUUGCAUUGCCAUUGAAGGAAGAGCACAAAAUAUUUUUGUGGAGGGCCUUAAUUCCUUUGCACAAACCCAAAUCUGUUGGCAUUUAUCAUCAGCAAUUAACAUAUUGUGUUGUACAAUUCAUAGAUAAGGAUCAAAGACUGGCUAGCACUGUGAUAAAGGGGUUAUUAAAGUACUGGCCAGUGACAAAUAGCCAAAAGGAGCUGAUGUUCAUUAGUGAGUUGGAAGAGAUUUUGGAAAUAACUAGCAUGCCUGAAUUUCAGAAGAUUAUGGUCCCCCUUUUUCGGCGAAUGGCUUGCUGUCUUAAUAGUUCUCAUUACCAGGUGGCUGAAAGAGCUCACCUGCUAUGGAACAACGAGCACAUCCUUAAUCUUAUCACACAGAACCGACAAGUGAUUCUGCCACUUGUCUUCUCAGCACUUGUACACAAUGCUCAAAGUCAUUGGAAUCAAGCAGUGCUCAACUUAACUCAGAACAUAAGGAAGAUGCUAUCUCAGAUGGAUGAGGAGCUAGUACUUGCAUGCCAACGCAAAAUUGAGGAGGAAGAUUCAAAAUCAAGUGCUGCAGCUGAGAAGAGAAGAAUAACAUGGGAACGCCUAGAAGCUGAUGCUCUUGCCCAAACUGUAGGUGGUGAUAUACUAGUUCCAGUAAAAUCAGCUACAUGCUCAGUGGCAUGCUAAUUGCUUUGAGUAAUGAUAUGAUAUGAUGUAAGGUUCUAAUUAUUACAUAGUGGUGUGGUUCUUGAGUUUUAUUUGCCAUUGCCAAUAGGGUAUGUAUAUCAUAUAGUAUACUAUUAUUACUAUUCACUACCUUGAAAUUGUGCUGAGGGGUGUUGCUGAGGUUGUUUCAUAAACAUGGUGAGUAGGUGAUAGUAUUUUGAUUUUGUUUGGAGGAGAAAGAGUGUGGGGUGGGUGUGUGUCGGUGGCUUAUUCGUGCGUGCAAUUAUUUGCGGUGUCAGCAUCCGUAACUCUGACUCUUUGUUCAGUUUUCUUACCUGUUGGCCCCCACCUUAGUCCCUCCCUUCCCCUGCCACUGUGUACCUCAAUGCGGUGUCAUUGCUACUUUGCCAUACUCAUUGGCCAUUUGCUGUGUGCAUGUCUAAGCAUCUCUCUCUUCUCCCUAAAUGCCAACUGAAAACUUAU